AUGAGUAACGACGCAGUUCAAGUUAAAGAACAUCAGCGGGAUGACAAUGUGGAAACAUCAAAAGAGAGCAACAGUGAUGAUAAUAAACCAGAAAAUAACGAAAAACAAGAUAAAGAUCGAGUUUCAUCUCCUAAUACCGUGACUACUAGCGAAAAACCACCCAAUAAUGAGGAACAACAAUCGCUGCAAACGACAAAACCAACGCAAACAUCAGUGCCAGAUAACGUGCAAAGCUCAUCAACGAUAAACACAUCAAACCAAAUUAUCGACCUGACAUCUCCUCAAAUGUCUUCAAACGAGGAUGGUAAAAAAUCCUUAGAGCAUACUGAAGUGAAAGCACCACCAUCUGACGGUAGUGAACCUAUUGUUGAUAAACAUACCGAACCAACAACGACGCCGUCUAAUACUGAACAAACGGCCUCUCUAUCAUCUAACACAAAAAAAGACGACGAACAAAAACAAACUUCAUUGCCGCAAGAUCAAAAACCAGCCGAAUUAACACAUAGGGAUUCGAAGCCGGACAUUCAAACCGAUGAUAAUAAAGAAUUCACUACGAAUUUAAAUACUUUGUCAACACCAGCACCAAGCAGCGGUUCUGAUCAGGGUCAUGACGCGGCGCCAACAUCGACCACAACUCAUGAAUUUGAUCGAAAUCUGAAUCAAAAACCGUCUGAACCAAAUACUGAUGGAAAGUCAACACAGUUAUCAAGUUCAGAUUUGAACAAAUCUCCCAGUCAAGAUGAUCAAAAGCACUCACAAGAAGGGCAACAAACAUCAACGUUUGUGCGAUCAACUUCAAGUAGCCUCCGUGUAGCAUCUCCACAAAAUGAGCAACAAUCAGCGGAUAAAAAGCCAUCGGAAAUAAGUUCUGAUGAAUCGAAAACAGGCACGAACCAAAGCGAUUGGGAACGUGGGCAGCAAGCGGAACAACCAACAUCAUUGCAAAAUAAGCAGCAGAAUAUUGAUCAAAAUAAGCAAACGAAUGCUGAUGAAAAGUCGGUUCAGCUAUCGGAUUCAGAGGCGAGUAAGGUUGAUGAAAAACAAUCUCGAUCAUUCUCGCCACAGCACCAUCGAAAGGAUUCACAAACGACUUCAGACAAGCAACUACGUUCACAAUCAUCAAAAGAAGAAACAAGAGUAUCAAAUAAUACCCAAAAAAAUGGUGAUGACAGUGAUUUUCACAUUCGUCCAGGUGACCGCGAACAUUUGACAGAAUUUCAAAAUCACAAAGCCAGUUACUUUUUCGAAGUCAAUUUGGGUGAGUAA